AUGAUUUUUUUUAAAAGCAAACAUUACACUUAUGGAAAUUUAUCAAUUAAACUAACGUUCAGGAUAAUGUCUAUUGAAAUGCAUAAAACCAAAAUAUUAUUUGUUUGCCUUGGUAAUAUUUGCCGUUCUCCCAUGGCAGCGUGCGUUUUUAGGCAUUUGGCUAAGGAAAAAGGAGUUGAGAAUCAAUGGGUGGUGCACAGUGCUGGAAUUGGAAGUUGGUACGUUGGAGGAUCGGGAGAUAACAGAAUGUUAAUGACGUUAAAAAAACAUAAAGUCGAAGCUGAACAUAGGGUUAGACAAGUUAGAGAAUCUGAUUUUCACGAAUUUGAUAUUAUUUUCGGAAUGGAUGAAGAGAAUGUGAAAACAUUAAAACAAAUGGCUCCUCCUUCUUGUAAAGCUAAAAUUGAACUUUUCGGUAUUCACGAUCCAGAAGGUGAAAGAAUAAUCAGAGAUCCAUAUUAUGAUUCCGAUCUUAAAGGUUUCGAAAAAGUUUACGAACAAUGUGUAAGAUGUUCUAAAGCUCUUUUAGAAUCUUAUCAUAAAUAA